UACAGACAGUUGCUUCAACAGUAGGGAUUUCGGUGGGGAUUGGAGGAAAAUGAAGGGGGAGAGAAUGUGACAACUGCCGACUCUGCCGACCGCCUUGGGAAGGCCUCCCGCACCUGUCCCUCUCCGUCUCUUGGUCAGCGCAGUUGUUGAAUCAGACAAGCGUAGAGACGCUCUUAUUUGCCAGACCACAGCGGCGUGCACAGCAAAAAAAAAAACAGAACAUGACUUCUUCUUACAAUCUGGAUUUUCUUCCCGAUAUGAUGGUUGAAAGCCGCUUGUUGGUUUCUGGCGACAGAAUUAACGGCACUGCUAGCAAGAUGAACGGCGCACUAGAGCACUCAGACCAACCCGACCCCGAUGCCAUUAAGAUGUUUGUCGGACAGAUCCCUCGGUCCUGGUCCGAAAAAGAGCUAAAGGAGCUGUUUGAGCCCUACGGCGCGGUCUACCAGAUUAACAUCCUCCGGGACAGGAGUCAAAACCCACCUCAGAGUAAAGGUUGCUGUUUUGUAACAUUUUAUACAAGAAAAGCUGCACUUGAGGCACAGAAUGCACUGCAUAAUAUUAAAACCUUAUCUGGGAUGCAUCAUCCUAUCCAAAUGAAACCUGCAGAUAGUGAAAAAUCAAACGCCGUGGAAGACAGAAAAUUGUUCAUAGGAAUGGUUUCAAAGAAAUGUAAUGAGAAUGAUAUCAGGGUGAUGUUUUCCCCAUUCGGUCAAAUUGAGGAGUGCAGAAUUCUGCGGGGACCUGAUGGGCUCAGUAGAGGCUGUGCGUUUGUCACGUUUUCUACCAGGGCAAUGGCACAGAAUGCAAUCAAAGCCAUGCACCAGUCUCAGACCAUGGAGGGUUGCUCUUCUCCAAUUGUGGUGAAGUUUGCCGAUACUCAGAAGGACAAGGAGCAGAGACGUCUUCAGCAGCAGCUGGCCCAGCAGAUGCAGCAGCUCAACACUGCCACCUGGGGGAACCUCACUGGAUUGGGUGGACUGACACCACAGUACCUGGCACUUCUUCAGCAAGCCACGUCUUCUAGUAACCUGGGAGCAUUUAGUGGCAUUCAGCAAAUGGCAGGUAUGAAUGCUUUGCAGUUACAGAACCUGGCAACUUUAGCAGCAGCUGCAGCAGCAGCACAAAACUCAGCAGCAACUUCGAAUGCAAACCCUCUGUCUACAACCAGUAGUGCCCUUGGAGCACUCGCAAGCCCAGUAGCUGGGACAACUGCAAACUCCAAUGCAGGGGCCGCUAUGAACUCCCUUACAUCCCUGGGAACUCUGCAGGGGCUUGCCGGAGCCACAGUGGGAUUAAACAAUAUUAAUGCACUAGCAGGUACCGUUAACAUUGCUCAAAUGCUCUCAGGUAUGGCGGCCCUAAAUGGAGGACUUGGUGCCACAGGGUUGACUAAUGGAACGGCUGGUACCAUGGAUGCCCUGAGCCAGGCUUACUCAGGAAUUCAGCAGUAUGCUGCAGCAGCACUUCCCACAUUGUACAGCCAGAGCCUGCUCCAGCAGCAGAGUGCGGCGGGCAGCCAGAAAGAGGGGCCAGAAGGUGCAAACUUGUUCAUUUACCACCUUCCCCAGGAGUUUGGAGACCAAGACAUCCUGCAGAUGUUCAUGCCUUUUGGAAAUGUUGUCUCUGCUAAAGUCUUCAUUGACAAACAGACCAACCUGAGCAAGUGCUUUGGUUUUGUUAGCUACGACAAUCCCGUCUCCGCACAGGCCGCCAUCCAGGCCAUGAACGGCUUCCAGAUCGGCAUGAAGCGCCUGAAGGUUCAGCUGAAGCGCUCCAAGAACGACAGCAAACCGUACUGAUCUUAGCACUAGACGUUUACAGCUCUUAUGUUAGCAGUGCUAGGACAUCUCCAUGCCCGUUAGUUCAUCGUUUGCCUAGCAUGUCCCUGUGGCGUCCAAAAAACAAAAAAAAGUUUCAUCGUCCCGUCAUUGUUUCUGAUGUCUUUCUGACCUCACAUCAUAACUUGGUCCUCCUACUGACCUUUGAACCUAGCUUGACCUUUGAACGUGCAUGUGACCUCAUUUAGCUUUGAAUAGUGGGAAGUCAACAUGAAAGCAUAACUGCAUUCAUACAAGACUGAAACUUUAGAAUCUUAAAAACAUCUGGAAAAAAACAACCUGUGGCAAAAUGUUUUCUGUUUUAUUUUUUAUUUUUCCUUCUUUCAUCAAAGCAAACUUGAAAGUAUUAUACAGGGAUUGGCAUUCUGCCAGGUUGCUGGUACCAAUAGCAAUAUGUGUCCAGGAGCAUAGAAUGUCGGUUUCUAAGUUAAAUAGACUACUUCCAAACAGUUUGAAAAAACUGUCUGAUUAAUAUAGAAUCUCUCUUAGAGCUCUGUAAUAGUUUUUACAUUUUUCAGGCAGUGUAAAGUUUUUUGAUAAGGCCAUUUUAAGUGGCUCACUUUCUCAUUAAAACUAUAUAUAGAACCACUUUUUUCUAGAAUAGUUUAAGGAAAAAAGAUUUGCCCUGUUUUGGGGGAAAAUGCUACCUACUUGUGUCACCUUUUGCUGAACUGAUUCACAGUUAGACAAUCCGUGGUUAAAUGCACAUGAAAUGACCUAUAUUUUAUACUGUUUAAAUGUAUAGAGAAAAAGUAACUGUAAACCGUGUUAACGCUGGUGCUUUUUGUGGGUUAAGUUGUGGUAUCAUCACGAGUCUUAAGGUCUUAAGUGUUUCAUGUUUUUAAAGACAAGACUAAAAAUCGGUUUACUUGAACAAUAGACGAAGCCUUUCAUAUUUUCUUUCUUUUUUAAUGAGUCCUAUUUGCUAAAUUUCUUGUUGGGUAAAAGUAAAAUUACAAAAAAAAUUGUGUUGGCUUGUAAAGCAUUGAUGUCAUUAUUUUUCUUUCUAUUGUGGGAAACGAUAUAGAUGUUUUAUUGUUCAGCAAAAUGUGAUUUUUUUUCUUUUAAAGAGAAACCUAAAUCAGUGGAAUUUUAGUGCCAAAUUCCAAAGGUACUUCCUGCCUAGAGCUUCAGUGUGUUUCUUGUGAAAAAGUUAUUUGAUAACAUGGGUAUUUUAUUACUUAGUGUUUUGUAUGAAUCCCUCAUAUUUAAAAAUAUAGAUUUAAAAAGGUUUGUUAACUUGCUAUUCUGUGGUCUUGUUGCCUGAAAAUGUUAAUGUUUGUUAAUUCUCUUUUUGCUUUUUUGUAAGAUGUAAAAGUGCCCAUGUUUCACUUAUUUGAACAUCACACACCAGUGCUGUGAAAGCAAACCUCACAAUCUUCUUUCCUUUAUAUGAUGUAUGAAAACCCCUAAUGGUGAAAAUCUCUACAGCCUUUCCUUAGUUCUUCCUAAAGUCUAUGUUAAAACAGCCCUUCGUAUUCAUCAUUAAUACUCUGCCACAGGAGUUUUGUGUUUAGUCACCAGCUACGAAAGGGACAGAGGGCCAAAGCCUUAGCUUUUAACUUUACACCAUUUCAGUCUCUACUGGCCUUCUUUUCAACACAUAAAGCUGACAUUUUUGUUUGUUGUUCAGGAUGUUUUAUGCUCCCUGUGCGUGUCCCUAUAAACCCAUUUCUGCUUUUUCUUUGAGACAGCUAGGUCAUUUUCCCUCACCUCCAGCCCCAAGAGGGUGAAUGUUUAGUAAUUUAUUGCAGGGUUAAGCUUAUCGAAUGCCAAGGAUGCAGUAUUAUCAAUGCGAAGUUCCAAAUUAUUCCAGCCUAAUUGCCACUGGAUUUGUGCUGCAAGCACUGAGGGAAGGGAUUUUUUUUUCUGCUGUUGUUUCAGUCAGGAAAAUUAUGUAGAACAAAGUCUUACGAGUUCUUGAGUGAAUACAGUGUUUGGAUUUAAACCAUUUGGGCAGUUGACAUAAAGUUUUAAUAAAAACAUUGUUUUAGCUAAAACAAAUAAAACAAAUAAAAGCAUUUGCUUGAUCACUCUGAUAUUUAGUCAUAGAGGUAAAUUUGACAACGAGGAGAGGAACUAGGGAAUAUGGGUUAUGACACCUCCGUGUAGUUACUACUGUCUAUUUAGUGUAUAACGUAUGUGUAGAUCUACAGAACCAGCAAAUUAAUAUGCAAAAUAUAUUUUUGGUGUUGGGAUUUGUUCUACAGAUAUUCAAAUAUGAACGUAUAAUUUCAGAAAUCUGUUUCAUUAGUUGCAGGUUUAGCAAAAAAAAAUAUUGAAAUAUCCAUGGUUUACUAAUUUACAGAAUAAAAGUAGCAUAAUGUAAGUAAAGUAGAGACCUCAAAAACAGUAUCCUAACCAAUUACAGUGUUUUAGAUACUUUAAAUUGUAUAACACUGAAAAUAAUUCAUUUUGUGUUUAAUAUUUUCACAUUAAAUUUUGCAGUGCAGUUAUACCUGUAUUUGCUGCCAUUACCAACAGUCACAAAGACUAAGUUUGUCUUUAGGAGCAAUAUGUUUUAAAAAAUGAUGCCAUCAUUUCUAACUCACCACCCGUCUUAAAUGAGGGAACUGACCACAAAUUCAAUUUUUACUCAUUUUAGAAGGAAGUGUUCUUUGAAGAUGACACACCAUGGACAUAAAUCAGUGCACAUUUUAAAAUGUUUCUUUAAAUAAAAAGAUAAUUCCCUCUCCUGGGACCAGCUAGCAUAUGUGUAUUCAAAUAAUUCAGUAGUCCGUCUGCUGCUUAAUUGAGGCAGUUAUAACGUAUUUAACCGCAUUAGUAAAAGAACAAUAAUAGGUGUAACCGACAAACAAUAUUGUAUAAAACUGGUAAAUGUAUUUAUUAUGGUAGCUGAAUAAAUUGGGAACCUACUGUACAAUGUGUACUGUACUGUGCAAGCUAAAAAUACAAUUGGAAUAUACCUCAACAUUGAAACUUUUACAUUGUUACUUAAAUUUUAAUCCUAUCUUAAAUUUGAUUUGAUUUGGCAAAAUGCAAGCAGUAUUGUAUAUGAUCAAUAUGUAUUAGAGCUCCAUCGUGCACGUACGUUUUUUUUUUCAGAUUAAAGAUUUAAAUAUAAGUGAAUGUAUCAGGCAACCUCCUUUGACAAAGUGGCUGUCAGUGCUUAAGUGGCACUUUCAGCAGUAUGAAAACCUCAUUAAUUUGUGGAAAUGUGACAGAAAUCAUGAAGAAGAUAAUUUAAUAAUGUCUGAUGAUUCACAUGAAUUCUUACAAUACUGUAAAUAAGGGCACAUAAAACAAUUGUCAAGACCAAUCUUUUUUAUGUCUUUUAGUUAUAAAAAUGAUAAAAAAGGACACUGACUGUGGGUAUGAACUUAAUUUCUACAAGUUUAAAAAGUUAAAAGUAUGUAAAGGUGCCAUAUAUGUUAAUAUUGUAAAAACUGCCUGCAUAAGGACUAUCAGACUUUGGUUUAAGGACUCUAAUAAAACUAAACUGGUGUUUGACAGUGAAUUUAACAUUGUCAUUAAUACAUGCUGAUACCUGCCUUCUCAUGUAAAGACUUGCUGCACAAUUUCUUGUUUAAAGCUUUUAAGGAAUCAUCUACUUUGAGGACUGCAUUUGCACUCUGCACAGAUGUGAGUUUAAUGUAUUUAAAGGAGCUUUGGUACUACGUUUUAAUUUUUAGCUGUUGGUAAUACUUAUUUCCCUUUUGUUACAUAAGCAGAACAAAUGCACGUAUUUCAACAACAGUUUUGCUUACACAUGUUGAUAGAUUUGUUUUUAGCACAACAUUUUAUCUUUUCAAAACAUUCAAACAUUUAAUGGAUAUGAGAGUAGUGAUGUACUCAUUUGACGUUUUUUUUUUUACUCACCAUACAUAGUUAAGUUUGGUAAAAUAAACUGGAAUGUGGUAGAGUAUGUGUGUAUCUAAACAUGUGAUACCUGUGACCUCAUUGUUAAGGGAUGUUGUCCUGUUUUUCACUGGUAUCCAUUGACUUAAAAUCUUAAACUUGAUAAAAGUCACCUUAAAUGUUUUUAGACAAAGAAAACAUACUGUAUGUGAUUGAAUAUAUGGAGCAUGUUUAAUGUUUAAAAGCACAAUACAGAAGUCCUCAAAGAAGAACUGUUGAGCUUUCUCACUUUAGGGGUUGUCAUUUCCUGGCUUAUUGUAAUCUUAAAUCAUGUCACUGUUUUUUUUAAUUAUUAUCUUAAGUGCUAUUUAACAACAAAAAACUGUAGUUUCAUUGCAUUUUGGCUAAUGUCAAAUGGAAAAAUGUAUUUGUGUUUUUCUGUGCUGUAAGAGCUGUUGUCUGUAGAUUAAUAUCAUUUUGUUUAGGAUUAUAAGAAUUUUAGUAGUUUUAAGUAUUGUCUUGAGAAAAGCCAAAGUUAAUGCAUUUCAGUGGAAACUGUAAGAACAUUUGAGUGUGAUUUCUGUUGUUAAUGACACAUUGGAUUCUGUUGUUUGAUGGAAUUUAAGUCAAAAAAGCAGGCUUUCCUAUUUCUACAACUGAUUGUACUUAUGCAUUUUGUACCAGUGGAACUUUUUAUACUGGAGAUUAAAGGAAAAAAUAUUGGAAAAUUCUCUGGCUUCCUCAUGUGAGCCAGAUUGUGACUGAUUCUGAGUUUGAUUUCUGGUUGGCAUAACGAAAGUUGGGUUUUGAUAUAAGAUUUUUUAGAAGAACUUUGGCUUGCUUUCCUCUUUCUCUUCUUUUCUUGUUUUGUUUUGAUUUCUUUUUGCAUAUACAUAGUAAUAGAAGUUUGUCUAAACAAAGCGGUAAGUUUCUCUUUAUGUAUUGUGCAGUUACAUGAUAAGAUAAUUAGGAUUAGACGUAUUUAGUCACCUUCAGUGGAUAAAUGUAUUAGUUUAACAAAGAGAAAAAUAAUUAGGGGUUUGCUUUUAGCUGUUUAGAUUUUUCUGAUUCUCCUGUCCUCAUUGUGAACAUAACCGUGUAGUUGGAACAGUCAGACUUAUUUUUGUAACGUAUGUUAUUGUGUGAUGCAGUUUUUUGCUUCUGUCUCCAAUAUUAAACCAUUUUUCCUAAUA